CUUAUCACCCUCACAUAGUGGGCUCAGUUCUGGUGAAGGAGAGGGAGUUAGUUGCUCUUUUUUUUUGUUAAGAGUGAAACACUAAGCCUUCAAGUAAAGAAGAUGCAGACUUUCCAUAGCAGCCAAUCUGUCAGGCCUUUUAAGAUGAGAAAGAGUUUUGCAACUAGACUGGAAGAAGUAGCUGGAAUUCGGGCAAAGUUCCCAACGAAAGUCCCGGUGAUUGUUGAAAGAUACCAUAGAGAAAAAUCCCUGCCUCUACUGGACAAAACAAAAUUUCUAGUUCCACAAGAACUGACUAUGACGCAGUUUAUAACCAUCAUUAGAAGCAGAAUGGCCCUAAAUGCUACCCAAGCUUUCUACCUGCUGGUGAGUAACAAGAGUUUAGCCAGUAUGUCACUGACAAUGGCAGAAGUGUAUAGGGAUUACAAAGAUGAAGAUGGCUUUGUGUAUAUGACCUAUGCUUCCCAAGAGAUGUUUGGAUGCCUUCUACCCAGCACCGGAGGGAAACUUGCAGACCAUCUUCAAACAACUUAACUCUGUGGUUGGCAGCUGCAGCCAGGCAGCUUCUCUGUGAAUCGUGCCAGUUUGGAGAUCAGAGAUGCUCUUAAACUCUGUACUGAGGGCUAAUGGCCCAGAUGUUGGCAGGACCAACUGAUGCAGAAGUGAUGAUGCUGUCUUCCUAAACUUGGAGAUUAUAUUUUAUAUUGAAGACACUAAUGGGUUUUUGAACUACACCUCCAAAUGUCCUUUUUGUAAUGCUUUAGGGUUGUUUGUAAUGCUAAUGUUUAACUUAUGUAGCUGCUUUUUUUUUAAGGUUCCUCCUAAAGUCUGAGGCUAAUAGGUUCAAAUAAAGAAACUUUUUUAAGACUAGGCUAAAUGUUGGCACUAAUUGGGGAAACAUUCAAAGACGGUUGUAGAAAACUAGAAGACACAUGGAAUAAGUACAGGUUUGGAGGAUGACUAUAAUGGUAUAUUGUAUGCAUGUGUUCUUGCACCCCUCACCUUGUUAGCUGGUUUCAUAUGCCUUGCUGUAUAGUUCAGUUGAAGAAUCUGAUCCUGUCUUGUUAAUGGCAAAACAACUGUAGGAUGCUGUUCCUGUCCACACUGGGUCAAAUUACUCAACAGUGAAUGAAGCUGGGUUACUGUACCUUGGAUGAGAAGCAAACUGCCUCUUUAGCCUAAAGCAGAUGUACUUUUGCCUGAAACUGAAAGCAAUGCAGCACAGGUACUUACAUUGGUAGCAUCUCUCCCCCAGUUAGGGCCCCCCCCUUUUUUUUUUUUUUUUAAGGCACCUAAACAAACUAGCUUAACUGAUCACUUAUGUGACUGAGCACUCUGACUUGAACUGAAUAGCACAAUUACUGUACGAUCAAGUGCAAUUCCCCAUCCUAUACAACGUGAAAACAUGAUGACUUUUAAAAAUAUUUUUAUUAAAUUUGAGAAACCAAA